ACGUGUGCGCUUGAUAAGAGGCCAUCAAUCACUGUCACAUUGGCGCUCAACGUGUCACUCACGCUGCCACACCUUCCUUGUUUCGUCUAACCUCCAUACAUUUCAACACAAAUAGCUUGGCAUGUGACGAGGACAAGCGUUUUUUUCUUCUCUCUCCAAUCUGAUUCAAAUAUAUGUUUACACGCUUACAAAUGAGAAAUUCAGGAGCAAGACGUCAGGGGCCCGACUAGCCCUGCUGGCUACAUAGCAGACUUCUGCAACACUUAUUUAGAUGAAAGAUUAAAGCUAAGAGUGCCAGCAUUCUUAUUUAAGGGAGGAAUGGGAGAGCUGUCAUCUUUUGAUGCAUUGCCUGCCAUCCUGAAUGCAAACGAGGCAACCUCACUCAGCAAAUGCCACCAAACUCCCUGACAGGCCCCCCCCGAAAAACUUUUCUCAGGUGAUCGAUCAAGGUCACAGUGGAGAGGAGGCCCUCCCAGGUCACUGAGGGACAUGAGACAGCGUGAUAGUCUAUACUAGAUCAUUGGUUCUCAACUGCUUUGGCUGUGGGACCCACCAUCAUCCACCGCCACCGCCAAAUAUUUCAGCUCAACUUCUCAGAUAUCUUAUACUUAAAGGGACUGUUUGCAACACAACAUGCGCUGGAAGUGGUGAGACGCUGUCUUUCUCGUUAUGGUGCGCUCUUCUCCAGCGGAUAUCUGCAGCUGUGUGCCGGACGGACGGCAUGUCCCCGCUCCAUGUUCUUCCCCUCUCACUCAAGCUUGACAAAUCCGGCCAUAAACAUGGCACGCACCUCGUGGCGGCGUAGCAAAGUGAAUAACACAGACAAGAACGGCAGGUGCAUUCACAGACAUCGUACAUCCAUCCAUCUUCUAUUGCUUAUCCGAGGUCGGGUCGCAGGGGCAGCAGCCUAAGCAGGGAAAUGCAGACUUCCCUCUUCGUCCAGCUCCUCCCGGCGGAUCCCGAGGCGUUCCCAGGCCAACUGAGAGACAUAGGGUCCUCUCACUGUGGAGGAGCAGCGGUUCUACUCCGAGUUGCUCCCGGAUGGCCGUGCUUCUCACCUUAUCUCUAAGGGAGAGCCCAGCCACCCUACAGAGAAGACUCAUUUCGGCCGCUUGUACCUGAGAUCUUGUCGUUUCAGUCACUACCCAAAGCUCAUGACCAUUGGUGAGGGUAUAGGAACGUGACUUUCAGCUGAGCUUUGUCUUCACCACAACGGACCGAUGCAGACACCGCAACAGUCCGCCUGUCGUCUUGGACAUCAUGUCAGGUCCAAGGGUUGGACAAGAGAGUGGACUUCUCAGACAUGGGCCCGGUGGGUUCGGCAAUGAAGACUCUUCCUUACGGCAUGGCUGGAAGCACAGGUGGAGCACCACCAGGAGUGGCGGCUAAACCUCCGUACCAAACCCGAAUCUUCUCGUCCUCCUUUGACCAGACACCCAUGAAAUCCAAGCCGCCCACCUACAGUUUCUUUAACCCCUACGACACGACCCGGAAUCAGUCCCUGCUGGUAGACCAGACGGGCUACCGCUCAAAGCGUAAGCCCUCUCUGAAGACGGCCAUGAAGACCAAGAAGAUCUUUGGCUGGGGGGAUUUUUACUUCAAUGUCAAGACUCUUAAGUUCAGCUUGUUGGUGACUGGGAAGAUCGUGGAUCACAUCAAUGGGACGUUCACCGUGUACUUCCGCCACAAUUCAUCCAGUCUCGGGAAUGUGUCAGUCAGUAUUGUUCCUCCAACCAAAGUGGUGGAGUUUGAGGUCCUCCAGCAGCAGCCCUUCUUGCACCCCCACAGUCAACAGGAGGUCCAGAUCCAGGACACCCAGCAAUCUACUAUCGACCCCAAAGAGGUGAAGACCUUUAACUGCCGAGUGGAGUAUGAGAAAACCAACAGAUCCAAGAAGCCCAAACCCUGCCUGUACGACCCGUCUCAGACGUGCUUCACAGAGCACACUCAGUCGCACGCGGCCUGGCUGUGCGCUAAACCCUUCAAGGUCAUCUGCAUCUUCAUAUCCUUCUUUAGCAUCGAUUACAAGCUUGUUCAGAAGGUGUGCCCGGACUACAACUUCCAAAGUGAGCACCCUUACUUUGGAUAAAAAGCGACAGAAGCGGCACGGAUGGAAAUGAUAGUCAUAUUGAUUAUAUAUUGAUGGAGCAGGGGACAGCUUCUUGCCUCUAAGCUGCUGUGAAAUGUGGAUUGAAAUCAAGUAUAAUCAAAAGUUAUGGAUGCUUAGGAUGAGGUGGAGUCCUUUUCCCCUUCCCUCUACAGUACUUUCUGUUUUUUGCAGUUGUUUCUGUAAAUAUUGAUCUCACCCUUAGCGCUCUUCUUGUUUUGAGAUAUUUGUUUCUCAGUAUUCUUACCAUAUUGACCUAAAUGCAAGAAGGUAUUUUUCCUUAGACAAAGAGUCAGAAAAAGAGUCAGAAAAAUGUUUCUUAUUUUGGGGGUAUUUGGGGUCUAGAGAUUUAAACAUGCAAACUGGCACCAAACAGCUUCUCCCCAAGCGAGUCAGAGCUUUUCUUCCUGUUACUCACACAAUAUUUAUGAUGCAAAUGUUAACAUAAUGGUGAUCAGCAGUGUUGGGAGUAGUAACACUGUUACUGUUUUCCAGUAACCGGUAAUCUAAUUCAUUACUAUUUCAAAUGUGACAACGUAGUUCCCGGAGUGAAAUGUGGUGCUUUGUUAUUUAUGCACAGAUAACUAACAGCUGUUAUCUGCUGGCCGGCUAGCUGAUAGAGAUAUGAUGUUUGCGAAUGAGUUGAGUCUUUUGAACGGCUCUUCUAUGUGAACAAUGAGAGCCGAUUUGCAGAAAUAAGAAAUAAGGUAUAAGAACGAGCUGUUCUUCUAUGCAACUGGGAGUCGGUUUUCGUCAUUCACUUCAAGUGCUCAUAUAUGCCAAGAAACAAAUAAAAAAACAAUGUCAAAAAUGAAAGUACCGUAAUUUUCAGACUAUAAGACGCUACUUUAUUCACACAUGAAUGGCUAAAUAACUAAAAGAACUACAGCUCCCAUGAUGCUCAGAGUGCCGAAACAGAAAAUACCGCAUUUCUGCAAUACAAGCGAAUAUCACAUGUUUCGAAGUUUCAUUGCAGCGAUCGUGUUUUGAUCUGACAAAUUUUAAGUAAGUUUGAUCAAGUGUAGAAUUACGACAGCCUCUACUUCCACGGCGGUAACUUGUCAUACUGCUGUCAUCCGGCAGUGAACUAUAAAAUACGAGUGAAAUGAAGAUGUGAAACGCCCCCCCGGCGAGUUUCCUGAACUGCCGUGUCUGUGACGUCACAUCGAUUACGCUUUCUGACAAACACACACAGCCACGGACACACAGCAAAGCCAAGAAAGAGAAAUAAUCACAACAAUAACACAAUAAUAACAUUCACUGAUAUUGCGUUGUGAUGAGUAUGAUAUAAUACACACAAAAAUGGGUCAAAACAGUUAUGUUGUUUGAUGAUCAGUGAUUGGCACUGACAGAUGAGCAGAUGAGCAGACAAGAUGAGUGAGCAGCACUCCCUGUUUAGCAAGCCUUAAAAUUUGGCAUGAAAACCCAUAUUAUUAUGAUAUGAUUUGUAAAAUAUAUUAGUAGUAAAAUUGAGGAUUUACCUACUGCCACUUUGGCACGCUUUUCCACAGUCCAACGUCUUCUUAUUUCCAUCUGCGUCACUGUGUUUUCCCCGGUCUGGGUCAAGGAAAGGUUGUUGCACAAGCUGAUGGUAGAGGCACCCUCCAGUAAUACACAUUCAGUCCCAAGUUUUCCUUUAUCUGAGGCACAGUAUCAAAACAACUGUACUGGAAAUGUGCAGAACAUAAUAUCAAAGAAUUUGAUGUGACAAUGGGCAUUUUUUGGAAAUGUCAACAGGCUCGCUCCGUCUGCUUGAGUGUUCGCCAAGGUGAAAUGCGUGCAAGUGUUAUGGUGGCAAAAGCGUGCCACACAACAAGUAGGCAUAAUAUAAAAUAUAUAUAUAACAACAACAGAAAAGCAACAAAAAAUGCACCGCAACAAUACAAAAACAAUGUACACUCGUCCCUCGUUUAUCGCGGGUAAUUGGUUCCAGACCUGACCAUGAUAAGUGAAUUUCCGUGAAGUAGAAUUCCUUAUUUAUAAAUAGAAUACUUUCAUCGUUACAGGAUCGACAACCUGUUUAAGACCUUCUAAAUAUGUUUUUUAGCAUUAUUAGAGCCCUCUAGACGUGAAAGAACACCCCUAUUCUCACUUUUACACUAAUAUUACCCAAUAUACUGUAGUUGACAUAAUAAUAGAAAAUUUACACUUUACACUCGUUUGCAUUGACAGCCUAGUUGGUGGCUAUUGUCUAAUCAGUGUGACAUUCCUGACACCUUGCCAGUGUAGUAGAAUACCACUGUAAUGGUGCAGUGAACAUUCACACAGGAGCUGCUGUCAGCCACAGCUCACACCAGUCACUGCCACUCGCCACACUGCUAACCGUGCUAGCACUCAGCCACUCUACAGUAGCUAGCUAAUGUCAAACAGAUCACUUCCUCCUUCCUCUCUUCUUUUAGUAACGAAAAGUGUAAAAAGGAUAAAUAUGUCAAAAUUUGAGCACACAUAGACACAGGAAACACAAUAAAUAUGUAAUUUUUCACAGCGAAAGUAACAGCGCUUUAAAGAGCCACUCAAAAGACCUGACUCGUUCACAAACGCCAGAUCUCUAAGCCACACGAGAUCUCGAUGCCACAAUGGUGAGGCGGAACGAUAUUUUGUGUUUAAAGGUGUUGUUUUCAUGAUGAAAGUACACGCACUGCUUCAACGUCAUUGAUGUAAAAGGCAGUAACAUACAGUACAUGUGAAGUGUACAUGUUUCUCAUCUCAUAAUGCCAACACACAGCAAAAUCCCAAAUAUUUGAUACAGUAUAAUUAGUGUUUUCAAAAAAAGUAACGCAAUAAUGACUUUCUGUGCUAACUAAUUACAUUUAUGAACGUGUAAUUCAGCCACUAAUUCAAUUACUUUUUGGGGAAAGUAACUAUAACUAAUUACUUUGUAAAGUAAUUUACCCAACACUGAUGAUCAGUGAAGAGGAAUAAUCAAACAACUAUCUAGCAACAGAAGAAUAUAUGACAAAAAAGAAAUAUCAUAUCCUAUUAUAAUAUCCUGUUAUUGACAAAAUUGAUUUAAUUUCAAAACGAGUGUUGAAAAAGGAUUGUUCGAUUCAGGGUCGUCUAUAUUUCAGGGUGACGAGAUUAACACAUGCAUACCAACAAGUGGCACCAGACAACUUCUUCUCACCCAAGCAACUCAGAGCUUUUCCUCCUGUCACACACAGACACCGAUGUCCUGGAAAGAUGCAGUCACAGGACGUGUUGGGGGGGAAAAAUAUGUUUUAAAGGUUGUUAGGAACUUAGCAAAUAACAGAGGAUGCGUUGUGGUGCUAAUGUUAAGAUAACAGUGUUCAAUGAAGCAGCGUAUUAUGAGACAGGAAAAAUGAUAUUUAAAUAAUUUUGCCUUUGAUUUUUGUUCUUAAAAAUAAUAUUCCAAAAGCAGGUCUUGAAAAACAGGGUUGUCUUAUGUUUGGGAUCUCUAGAUUUAUACAUUCAAAGCCAAAAAUAAAAGCCAGAAGGACUUCUCUCCAGGGGAGUCAGAGCUUUUCUUCCUGUCACGCUCUUAAAAAAUAGGAGUCGCCUAUAUUCGGGUCAAUACGGUACUUUUUUCAGUUGAGAACAACCUUCCGACUUCAAGUGGGACUAUAAGGGAGGCUGCCAUGACUUCUGCCAUGGCUUCUGUAGUGUUUUUGUAGACUGACUGUUAAUCAUGCCCUGUGCCCCACAUCUCAAUCCCCGGAUAGAAGAGAGACUUCCAUGUAUGAGAAAUGCUAUGCUGGAUAUGCAUACAAUAUGCUGUAUGAAAAAGCACAUUAAAAUAUUUUAAACCUUGCGCCGUUUGGAGUGCAAAGUGAAUGUCUUCUUUCUUUCUCAAAGCCAGAAGCACAAUUACAAGCUGCGGAAGAUUUGCCGAGAAUUUCCUUGUUAUCUGGGCAAGGACAGCAUACGCAGAAUGAAGUUACGUUUCAUUCCGAUUAGGGAUUUGCGGCCAAGCUUUGUGAAGAUAUGUCCUUUUAAUUUUCUACCACAUAUUGAAGGCAACUUUGUUUUGCUUUGGAAUUUCACCAUGAAGCCUGCAGCAUUCCAAAGAUGAUGGCACAUCGGGAGUGCUUAUUAAAGACAUGUUUUAUUUGAGAACAUUCCGGUUACAUACUGUAUAUGCAGACAUUUAAAUGGAAAUUAAUAUUUGACACUGAGUAAUAUGACAGGCUUUUUUUCUUUGCUUUUCAACCCAGAUUUCAUGACAUUAUUCAUACUAUUUAUUCAUACUGUUUAUUAUGUUUUAAUGAUUGAAAUUAUUGUUUGAUUUGUCAUUUAUUUAAAUUAUUAUUAUGUAUUAGUAUUGAAUUUUAUGUUUUUGUCUCAUUUAAAUAGUUUUCAUUAUAUUGUUUAUUUCUAUAAUUAUUAUUAUGUUAUUUGUG